ACAAGUAGACAACGCAAAGUGGUUUAGGGAAAAGCAGAAAUAAUGACGUAACACUCACAUGGGGAGAGAGAUGCUGGCAUGGGACUGGGAGAACACUAUUCGGGUUUCCCAAAGCCCUCUUUACUGUUACUGUUUGGCUGAGCUGAGAUGAUGAGGCCAAAUCCAAAGCCAAAGCCAAAGGAAACCCCUUUUUCUGCUUCCUCCAAACAUUCUCUCACCUCUCUCAACAGCAACAACAAUACUCCCUAAGCUUUGCUGCUUCUUCAAUCUUUCAACCCUAAGACUAAGAUCUUUCAUUGCAUGUUGCUCUCUCUCUCUCUCUGUGGAAAAUGCAUUGCAGAGUGACGGAGCCAAAGGCAUGCCUACCAUGCUUUUUGAUGGUCUGGUUUUCUAUGCUAGCUGAUGAAUGAAACUCUAGCGGUUGUAAAGUGGAAAAGUGGCAUUCUUAGAUGUACCCCCAAAUAUCCUAUCUUGAUGACCCGAAAAUUGUUUACUCAGGUUUCGUAGCAAUUACUGGAUGGUAUUUAACCACUUCUCAGCAAGCCAAAGGCCAAUUAAAAUGAUUUCAUAUGGAUUGAAUGGCGGGUUGAUCAUUGAUCAAGAGGAAGAUCUUUAGUUUCUAUUGUGUGCUUGAUUUAAUGAAUGGAGAAAUCCUGUAACUCUUCACCACAUCAAUUUGCAAUGUGGUAGACUUUGCCUUUUGUGAUAUUAAUUAUAUGUAGAGCAGAGGAAAUAGACCCUAGAUGAGUUGAAACUGCAAUCAAUUGGAAUAGAUGUUGCUUGGAAAAGAAAUUGAGGACUUGCGUGAUGAUGGGUUUGAGGGAUCAAAUGAUGAGCACCAUAUUUUCAGAGAGGUAUUCUUUGGUAAUGAUAUUGAUCGUGCUAGUAAGAGGUGUCUUGUUACUGGAGUAAUUAACUUUGAAUGCGAGUCCGGUAGAAACGUAGAUACAUCACUCUGUUCUAACAGCGAAAACUCAGUUGUAACAAGUCAUUCUUCCUCUAAAGAUAUACAUUUAGAGAAUGUUUAUAAUGUACCCAUGGAUUGUGGAGAAACUUCUGCACCAGGGUGUUCUCCUAACAGAUUCACUUUGGUUGAGAUGAAUGAUGCUGAUGUGAGUGUUAAGCGAAUGAGGUUUUCUGUUGAUGAACUGCCUAAUACCACACCUGGUUCAGGAAAGAUUUUGAGUUCCUCAGUGGUUCCAGAAGAAAUUGUUUCUGGCAUGUUGUGUCCAGCUAGAGACCCUGUUUGUGAAAAGGUGACCUUCCAUUUAGUUGAAUCAUCAAGUCGGGGUGUUACAUCUAGUUGCUAUCUGUUGAAGCAACAUGUGAAAAUGGACAGACCAGGCUUUUUGGAUGAACAAGAUGUUCUAAAGUGUAGAUUGCCGGGCUUGGAUGGGAAUGAUGGAAAAGAAGUAAUUGUAAGUAAAGCCAUCGCUUCACCUGCUUCCCAAGAGAGCUUUGCAACCAGGUUAUUGAUUGCAAGUCCUUCUAUUGCUGUUGCAGAGAGGUCUGGGUCUCCUCUACAAGCUGAGGAGAGACCAAGGCUAUUAGAAACUCAUAAAAUGGAUCUAUCUAAAAUGUCUCUGAAGACCGACCCUAUGAAAGAUCCUCGUCCUCUUCUCCAGUACCAUAUCAUUCACUUACUUGAGGCAGCGGGAUGGUGUAUUGAGAAGUAUAAAAGACCUAGUAGGAGUUAUAUGGAGUCAGUCUAUAUAACACCAAAGGGAAGGUCAAUUCGUGAAUUCCCUAAAGUUUGGAGGUUAUGUGGUGAAGUUUUAUUUGAAGAUGGGUAUAUUUUUCCGCAGAAGGACGAGGGUAAGGAAUGGUCUAAUUUUAGUCAGUUCUAUUCAGAUCUAUCUAAUACAUUAAUAAAUAUUGAGGAGAUGUAUCAUUCAGAAACUGCUAGCACAUUGGCUCAUUGUUGGAGGCUUUUAGAUCCAUUCGUGACUGCUGUGUUUAUUGAUAGAAAGAUUGGCACAUUGAGAAAGGGAGAGGUGGUUAAAGCAACUCGAAGUUUUGUUAUUGAUAAGAACAAGAAAAAUAAGGCUGUUUUGGCCUUGACAAACAGUGUCAAACGGAAGUUUCCUCUGAGACAUUCAUCUGCUGAACAUGCAUUGACAGAGUUUGAGGGUAACUACCAUGCCAGCAGUGAACAAGUCUCAAAACAUGGCGGACAGGAAAAUAAUGGGGCAGUGGAAUCUCUGACAGGUGUAUUUAAUUGUAAGGCUGACAAUAUGUGUUUGGUGGAUACUGUCAAUGGGAUGGGAAAUCAGUGUAGUGGAAUCUCUGGGAACAAGAUAAGCAGUUGUGGGUCGCAUAGCACAUUUUUUAAGUCGGGUAGUUGUGUCUAUGAUGUUCUUGUUAAUUCCAGAAAUUCCAACAGCAUGCUUGGAGGGUCUGAAGCUGUUUCCCCUCAUCAGGAUAGUAAUACAAAUUCACCAAGCUCUGAUAAACAGAGUUCUGACCAUAAUGUGAUAAUACCUAAGGAAGUUGCAGAAGAUGUAUCAAUGGACUCUUUGGAGAAGAAAGAUAAAUUGCAAGAAGGCAAAGUUAUCAAUAAGGUGGAAAGUCAUCUUCAGGGAUCAUUGGUUGACCAUCCAAACUGCACAAGUUAUGGUCUGGAUCAUUCUCAGGAUUCAGAGGCAGUUCAGCAGUUUGAAUGUGGUGAGCAAGAGGGUGGGCAGUACUCUGAAACUUCUAAGUUCAAAAUGGUUAAUAAAUUUUCUGCAGUGGAUGUUUUGAAACGGAAGUUCCGCAGGAAGUCUAGAAAGAUUUCAGAAAUCAAAUUGAGUACAUUAUACCGAAGUGACAUGCAAUGCACAACUUCUACUGAUAAGGCUGACUUGCCCGAUAUCAAAGCACAUGGAUAUUUGUCAGGUUUGAAAGAGGUCCAGGAGUACCUCAGUCCAAAUGCAAGAAAUCAAGGAAAUCACAAGAACUCCUUAUCUUUAAGCUCUACUCAGGAUCAAAUUGAGAAAAGAUGCUCAAGGUUGAAGAAAGUACAUCAUGAUCAUAAUGGUUCUAAAACUGGAAAAAAGAAAUCAAGUAGAUGCCAAAUUGACGAUGAUGACCUCUUGGUUUCAGCCUUUAUAAAAAACAAAGAUUUCAGCCCAAGUACUGCUCAACGUUCUAAAAUGAAAGCCUACAAAUCAAGAGCUCUGAGAAAGCUUAAAAGCCAACAGGGUCAUUGCAAGUUGCUUCCAAGAAGCCUGGGUAGUGGGGGGAAGCACUUUAAGGAUGGAAAAUGGUAUUCUGCAGGAGUAAGAACAGUGUUAUCAUGGUUGAUUGAUGCUGGAGUCAUAUCUCUGAAUGAUGUGAUCCAGUAUCGUAACCCCAAGGACGAUGGUGUUAUUAAAGAUGGUCUGGUUUCCAGGGAUGGCAUUAUUUGUAAGUGUUGCAGUAAGGUGCUUACAAUUUCUGAGUUCAAGAUCCAUGCAGGGUUCAAACUGAACCGGCCCUGCUUGAAUCUUUUCAUGGAGUCUGGCAAGCCCUUCACAUUAUGCCAUCUUCAAGCCUGGUCUGCCGAAUACAAGAUCAGAAAAAGUGGGAUCCGGCUGGUACAAGUUGAUCCGGACGAUCAAAAUGAUGAUUCAUGUGGGCUGUGUGGUGAUGGUGGCGAGUUGAUAUGCUGUGAUAACUGUCCCUCUACUUUUCAUCAGGCUUGUCUGUCUACACAGGAGCUGCCUGAAGGCAGCUGGUACUGCCCGAAUUGCACCUGUCGGAUAUGUGGGGAAUUGGUUAAUGAUAAAGAGGCUUCAAGUUCUUCUGAUGCAUUAAAAUGUUCACAGUGCGAGCAUAAAUAUCAUGAGGCAUGCAUGAAAAGAAAAGGUAGAUAUGAAGGAGCAGUAUCGGAUAUUUGGUUUUGUGGUGGAAGCUGUCAAGUGGUUUAUUCAGGUCUUCAGUCUCGUGUUGGGCUCAUCAAUCAUGUUGCUGAUGGUUUUUCAUGGAUGCUUCUUAGAUGCAUACAUGAUGAUCAGAAGGUGCAUUCUGCCCAGCGUUUUGCACUUAAGGCAGAAUGCAAUUCAAGAUUAGCUGUUGCUCUUUCUAUCAUGGAGGAAUGCUUUCUUUCCAUGGUGGAUCCAAGAACAGGGAUAGACAUGAUACCCCAUGUUUUGUACAAUUGGGGGUCAGAUUUUGCACGUCUAAAUUUUCAUGGAUUUUACUCAGUGGUCCUAGAGAAAGAUGAUGUGCUAAUUUCUGUAGCAUCCAUCAGGGUCCAUGGAACUACAGUUGCAGAGAUGCCUCUUAUUGCAACUUGCAGUCAAUACCGCCGCCAGGGAAUGUGUCGACGCCUUGUGACUGCUAUUGAAGAGAUGCUAGCAUCUUUCAAGGUGGAAAAGCUUGUGAUAUCUGCCAUUCCGAAUUUAGUGGACACAUGGACAGAGGGUUUUGGCUUCAUACCAUUGGAAGACAAUGAAAAGAAAAGUCUGAAUAAGAUCAACUUGAUGGUUUUUCCUGGAACAGUUUUGCUCAAAAAACCCUUGUGCGAAAAUCAAAAGGCAGAUGGACAUUCUGGACCAGGUGAUAAAUCGCCUUUACGAACAGAGGAAUCAACAAAAGUAGAUACUUGUUCCAAAGGAAAGCCCAUGGCAGAGUUCCUACAGCAAUCUGAUGGAAGUUCUGGCACUAACCAAGUUGGUGCUAAAUUGAUAAUCGAAAUAACCAAUGGAAAGAAUUUGCACGAAUUUGAAGCUGAUGGUAAAAUGGCAAUCGAUGAUGGUGAUACAGGACAAGUAGAUAUAUCGUCAAUAGGAAUGAAAGAAUCAGCUAAACUUGGUAUUCAUUCUGGAGGUGAGCCUAUGAUGGACUCUGUACAGCAGUCUGAGGGAAACUCUUGUGCUAACCUAGUUGGUGCUGAAACUAAAAUCAGACUUGUGGAAGGCAACAAUUUGCAGGAUUUAAAAGUUGGUGCUGAAACAGAGAUUGAGUCUGUACAGCAAUCUGAUGCAACCUGCUGCACUGUCAAAGUUGGUGUUGAAAUGGAGAAUAGAUUUGUCGAAGGCAACAGUUUGCAGGAAUUCAAAGUUGGUGCUGAAACAGAGAUUGAGUCUAUACAGCAAUCUGAUGCAACCUGGAACAGAUUUGUGGAAGGCAACAAUUUGGAGGAAUUAAAAGUUGGUGCUGAAACAGCAAUCGUGUCUGUACAGCAAUCUGAUGCAACCUGCUGCACUGUUGAAGUUGGUGCUGAAACGGAGAACAGACUUGUGGAAGGCGACAGUUUGCAGGAGUUAAAAGUUGGUGCUGAAACAGAGAUUGAGUCUGUACAGCAAUCUGAUGCAACCUGCUGCACCAUUGAAGUUGGUGCCGAAACGGAGUAUAGAAUUGUUGAAGGCAACAAUUUGCAGGAAUUAAAAGUUGGUGCCGAAAUGGGGAUCGAGUCUUUACAACAAUCUAAUGCAACCUGCUGCACUGUCGAAGUUGGUACUGAAACAGAGUACAGACUUGUUGAAGGCAACAAUUUACAGGAAUUAGAAGUUGGUGCUGAAAUGGGGAUCGUGUCUUUACAACAAUCUGAUGAAAUCUGCUUCGCAGUUGAAGUUGGUGCUGAAAUGGAAAUCAGACUUGUGGGUGGGAAUUUGGAGGAAUGUAAAGAUGGUGCUAAGAUGGGAAUCAUUCUGUCUGCAAAGAAGUCUAAUGCAAACUGUGGCACUAAUGAAGAUGGUGCUGAAUUGGACAACAGGAUAACAGAAGUCAAGAAUGGGCAACUAGGUGAAAACCAAGGAAGUAGUUUGCAGGACCAAUUUUCGAAGCUGUCCUGUGAAGAGUUGGUUCCAACAUUAGGGGAUAGCCAGCCUGAAAUGGUUUCUAGUAUUGAAUCUUCAGGUAUGUAUGAUGAAACACAAAUCUCGUUGGAUGAACAGCUACAGACAGCCCGUGAGUUGAAUGAUAAGCGGAAAUAAAUUAUAUAUUCAGAAAAAAUUAUGUUAUGGUCAGGGAACAAAUUAUUUUAGCUA